AGUACCGGGAGGCCUGGCUCAGGUGGGGGGAGGGGAUGUGGUUUAGGCCGCGGUAUCUGGGCCAGCUAUUCCCGGCCUGUCCUAAGUCCGUGCUGCAGGGGGUCACGUCACACUAUAAGGCGUCCCCGGUCACGCUAUACAGACGCUUUCAGGCCAUGGCCGGAGGGCAGCAGGGGGACGGUGCGGGUGAUCGGGCGGCUUCAGCGCCAGAAGAUUUACAGGGAGAAGCCCAUCAGGCCGCACGCUCCCCCGGGCUGGAUCCUGAGGCGCUUCGGAUCGUAGAGGCCCAUGAAGCAGCUUGUCAGGCUGGAGAGGAAUGCUACGUUGACCCACAUACAGGAUAUCUCGUAUUUACAGAAAUUGCUCAUUUGAAGAGAGGCAAAUGUUGUGGAUGUGGGUGCAGACAUUGUCCAUAUGGUCAGGAAAAUGUUAAAGACUCAUCAAAAAAGAAGCAAUUUAAUUCAUUUUUUUAUACCUGACAGCUGACACCAAUCUUUCAGCUAUUUCUCAUUAUUCAUAUGGCUUUUAAAUGAUACUUCUGCAAAAGAAUCGUCUUUAGGACCAUUAACGAUCCUGUACUUCCAGUAAUGAAUUCAAUGUUAAUUGUAAUAAACAUGAAAUGCAAAGCAAA